CCAAACAACUCUUUUGCCGCUGCUUUUGACGAAACGAACGACCUCGCGGCUCGCAGCAGGCCUUUUCCGUCGGCCAGCCUGAGCGCCGAUAGAAAUCUCAUCCCCCCGCGCGUCAGCACAUUCCUUGCCAUGAACAGCGGAGUCUUCAAGGCGCGGACCCGCCGCUCUCGUGUGCAACUAUCCAAGGCCCUGCAAGAAACGCUGCUGGACGCUGUUGCGGAUAACAUUGCAGAGCUUCCGCGGAGCUACCGAGAGCAGUCUCCAGAGAGCGGAGAUCCCGCCGGAGACGCGACACCGGUGCAGGCUCGGAAAAGGCGACUCGACGUGACAGAGAGCGAUCCGUCGCCCGCGAAGAGAGCCCGAUUGAUACGGACGGACACGCAACAGCCUGGAGUUGAGGACGAGAAAGCAGAGCAGGCGGACAAGACGACUCUACAACAGCCAAAGCCCAACCAUCCUAAGCAUCCAUACGCCUCGUUCCUCAAAGCCUUUGUCGAUCCCGUCCAUCCGGCCCCCGGUCCCGCAUCCGUCCACACCUUUGUUUCCGAGUGGCUCGAGUCUGUCGGAUCGGACCGAGGGAAACAGUGCCGGUCGGACAGCCAUCUGCACCAUUCGGACGACGUCCCCAUUUCGAGACAGUUCACAAGAUCAGUGCCGGAUAUGGGCUGCACACGGGACGCCGAUGGGUUUGUGGUGCCGCCGACACCGGCUUCUACUGUAUCCCGUUCAUACCGGGCAACGGACGAUUCUGCCUCCAGCACUGCCAGCGUUCGCCAUCCGUCCUAUCGUCAGAACAACUUGACCAGAAAUGGCAUUUAUGUUCGACAUAAUCGCACUCAGCUGCCUGAUUAUAUCUCCAGUCGUGUUGAGGAAUUACGAGCAGAGCGGGACUCACCUGGUCCGUCCUCCCAACAAAUCGAUGGAUAUCUUGACGAGCUGGGCACACUUGCAGAAGGAUGCACUGAGGCGGAUGUGGAGGGAUUUCUCAAAGAUACAGUAUUUCCAAAGCCCUCGGACCCCACCUACGGGCGCUCGGCAGGCUUGGGAAGUGCCAAGUCAUCCCUGAUGUCUUCUCAUCUCAUUCCCAACAAUCCCGAAAGCCUAUUUAGGGUUUCUGGGCCGAAACCUAAUCUACUCUACGGAUACUCCGGCGCACUCAGGGAUGGGGCCUUCACUCAGCCACAAUUCUUGGCCCAAACUGGUCUACAUCCUCAAAAUGCACGGUUUGCGGAAGCGACAACACCGGGUCUUAGGUUUCCCUUCUUCGCCAUCGAAUUCAAAGCUGCCGGAGGUACUCGCGGCGACCUCUGGGUUGCUACAAAUCAGUGUGCGGGUGCUUCAUCAGCCUGCCUCAACGCCGUCGACCAGCUGAAUACCUCGCUUCGAGACCACCAGAGCGUGCAACGUGUCGACAACUUAUCCUACUGCAUUGCCGUGGACAACGAUACAGCCCAGCUCUAUAUAUCGUGGAAGGAAGACGGUUUGAACUAUUACCUCCAACGCGUUGAUGCUUUCCUGCUAUCAAACCCAGAGCAUUUCAAGAGCUUUCGCAAGCAUGUUCGAAACAUUCUCGACUGGGGAAAGGACACACGCUUGACGCAGAUUAGGGAUGCAUUGGAUACCAUCCUUGAGGAAAACAGGAAGAAGGCUGCGGAACAUGCGAGGUCUCGCCAACCACCAUCCGAUGGUUCUGCCACUGCCAGCAGCAAGAAGCACAAAUCUUCAUCGUCGCGCAGAAACAGCAGCAGGUCCAACAGCGUGCAAGGAUCAAGCGGCGGAGCAAGUGGAGCGUAUUUGGAAUGGGAUGAGACGACCUCACAACACGCCCAUGAGGAGCUAUCUUGCCCACCUCAGCAAUCAAAUGCUCAACCGAGCAGCUCCGUAGCAACGGCACAAAGCGAACAGUGGUCGUGGGCGAACGGUGCGUUUCGAUGUUUCCAAGGCCAGACACUUGUAAAAUCACAGUAUCAAACUCCACCCAAUGUGUGGGUGUAUUUCGAUCAAGGGUGGCUGGGCGAGGGAGGCAAGAAAUGGCGGCGCUGGAUAUCGGUUACGAACCAAAUGGAAUACCGUUGAUUACUGAGGAGGGAUAUCCGCAAUGUUUCAGUUACUAGUCUACUUGGUUCAUUUCCAGCAGAGCAGUCCAUCUCCACCUACAUGACGCGUUUCCACUCUCUUUAUCCAUCCUCUCCCUUCAUUAAGGGGCCCCUAAUUCCUCGCCUAUACGUUA